AUGGCAGAAAACGAGGGACAACAGCAUGCCACCGCAAAUGGCACCGCCAACGGCACCAGCCAUGACAUUGGCAACAGAAAGUACAUCCUUCUAAACGCCUUUGACAUGUCGACGGUCGGGCAUCUCUCGCCCGGACAGUGGAAGGACCCUUCCGAUCGCUCCGCAACAAAACGCAGCCUCGACUACUGGAUCAACCUGGCUAAAAUCCUCGAGAGAGGCGAUAUCAACGCGCUUUUCCUGGCUGACACGUACGGUGGAUACGACACCUACGAGGGCUCGCUGGAUAACUGUAUUCGUCGGGCGGCGCAAUGGCCUAUGACGGAUCCUUCGAUCCCCCUCACGGCCAUGGCCGCCGUGACCAAGAAUCUCGCCUUCGCCAUCACGGCGUCUACCUCCUUCGAGCCUCCCUUCCUUCUCGCCAAACGCUUCUCUACCCUCGACCACCUCACUGGGGGCCGUAUCGGAUGGAAUAUCGUCACCUCGUGGAAGAAGGGUGCGUUCAAGGCCAUUGGCCUGGAAGAGCCCCCGGAUCAUGACCGUCGCUAUGCCCAGGCGGAUGAGUAUUUGCGGGUGCUGUACAAACUCUGGGAAGGCUCCUGGGCCGACGACGCCAUCGUCAAAGACGUCGAGAACGAUGUCUACGCUGAUCCAGACAAGAUCCGCACCAUCAAGCAUCACGGCGAAUUCUACCAUCUCGAGAGCAGACACAUUGUCGAUCCUAGUCCCCAGAGGACGCCGUUCCUCUUCCAGGCCGGCACAUCUCCCGCCGGCUCUCAAUUCGCCGCAACUCACGCAGAAGCUGUCUUCGUCUCAGGCCAUAGUCCGUCGGUGCUGACCCCCCGCGUGGCCAAGAUACGGGAACUGGCCCAGGCCGCCGGCCGCGAUCCGCGCUCCAUCAAAUUUUUCGCCACGUUCACGCCCAUCAUCGGGCGGACGGAGGAAGAAGCGCAGGAGAAGUUCGCAAGGGCGAAGAAAUACGCCUCGACGAUCGGCGGACUGGUGCUCUUCUCCGGCUGGACGGGCAUCGACAUCUCCAAGGUGCCGCUGGACGAGGAGAUCGACCCGGAGAAGCACGCGCUCGAGAAGCACAAGAUCCACUCGAUCAGCGAGACGCUGACAGCGCGCACGCCCGAGCUGCCGUCCAUCACGCCGCGCGUCAUCGCGGAGACGGCGUCCAUCGGCGGGCUGGGGCCGGUGGCCGUGGGCACGCCAGCACAGGUAGCCGACGAGCUGGAGCGGUGGGUGCGCGAGGCCGACAUCGACGGAUUCAACCUGGCCUAUGUCACGACGCCGGGCACGUUUGAGGACGUGGUCGAUCUGCUGGUGCCGGAGCUGCGGCGGCGGGGGAUCUAUCCGCCCAAGAGAGAGGAUGACGCCAGCUCGCUGACGGCGCGCGAGAAGGUGUACGGGGAGGGACAGUGCCGGCUGCGAGAUGAUCAUGUUGGUAGUCGCUAUAAAUAUGAUGUGUAUCAGGAGGAGGAGCCGUUUGUCAAGCAGGCGGUGGAGGGGGAGGGCAGUACAGAAGAGAAGAAAUAG